CAGAGACGUCAUUUUAAACGCAGCAGCAUGUAAUACUGUCCCACGCACCCAGCCCCCAAAUUAUAAACUCGUAACGUAAAACACCCAAAAAAAAAAAAAAACAGAGAGAGGAAACAAAGGAGAUCUGCUGGACCUGCCUGCAGGGCUGCACCCGCAAUUUUAUUCGUGCACGCAACAAACGGCACUCUUCCCCUCUCUCUCACCCGAUCAAAUCGGACCUCUUUUUUUUUUUAGGGGGGUCCGUACACAAACAAGAUUCUAGGGUUUCCUCGUUCCUGACAAUUAAUUAAAUUUCUAAAUCCGGAUUCACUCACCAUUAAACUUUUGGAAUUACAGAUUUCACUUAAUUUAUUUAUUUUUGAUCUGGAUCCAAUUUUCAAUUUCUUUCUUUUUUAUGGUGAUUGGUGAGUGCUACUCUUUGAUGAGAAAAGAACAAAAAAUUGUGGAUAAUUAGUUUAAUCGGAUGAGCAUUGGGGAUUUCAUUUUCUGAGGGGUAAAUGGCGUCGGCUCAGGUGUUGCCGAGCUCACGGAAACUGGAGCAUCUCGAAGCAGGAAAGCGACGGUUGGAGGAGUUCCGCAAGAAAAAGGCAGCAGAGCGAGCCAAGAAAGUUGCAUCCACCAACCAACCUCAUGCUUUGGAUGUGAGCCUAGAUCAGAAGCAAUCAUUAGAGACUGAACACGUACAGCUAACAGAUUCAGAUGGAGUUGGCAUGUCUGAUGGACCUGGCAGAAAUGUCGAACCCACUGGUGUAUCUAUGAAAAAUGGCAACCCAAUUGAUAUUACAGAGAGAGUUGAAAAAAGUUCUUCACAAAAUGCAGAUCCUAAUAUUCCUUCUUUGAGUGAAUAUAGUACAUUUUUCUCAGGUAUAACACAGAAACACACAAAUAAUUAUGAUUCUAACAGGCAUGACGCUUCAGGAUUUACUGGAUCACCCAAUGUUAGGUAUGGCCAAGAGACAGAAAAAAUGAACAAUGACUCUGGAUUAUAUUCAAGGAGCAAAGAGGAAUCUCCAUAUGGGAUUUCAUCUGACCAUUAUAUUGCUAGUAGUUUUCAUGGCAUAUCUAGUGAAUCUAGCCUUUAUGGAAGGGAAUUGUUCCAAUCAAAAGUAGAUAACACCUCUUUAAAGGAUUCCGCGGUUAUAAAUGAUAGUUCUCGUUUUCCUACUUCACUUCCAAGUUCUGCCAGCUUUGAACAGCAAGCCUUUAAGCCCAGUUAUAGUAGCAUCCUUGCCAAUGCUGCUUUGCAGACAUCUGAAUCCACAGGUUUCAAAUCAGAUGCCAAGAUCUCCUCUAAUCAUGUGCCUCAAUAUUCAGUUACAUCUGAAAGUAAUAAUAGGAGAUCUCGUCCAUCUUUCCUUGACUCUCUUAACGUGUCUAGAUCAUCUUCCCAGAGUUCUUUCCGACAUUCUGAACCAGAGAAGUCAUUUAUAAUCAAUACUUCAAAAUCCAAUGACAUUGAUGCUCUAGGAUCAUCUGCUUUCCAGAAGCUGCCAGUGGAGACUGAAACUGCCAGGAAUUUUUCAGAGUUAAUGCCUUCAAGUAUGCCUAGUUCAUUUGAUCAUGCAACACCUUUUUCAGUUUCGUCCACUAAAGGGGUCACUAAUGCUAAUGAGAACAGUAUGGAGAGAAAUCAUGAGUUUUAUUUGCCCAAGCAAAAUGAAGAUUUUUCUGGUCUGGAACAGCAUAUUGAAGACUUGACGCAAGAAAAAUUCUCUUUGCAACGAGCUCUUGAAGCUUCACGUGCUUUAGCAGAGUCCUUGGCUGCUGAAAAUUCAUCGUUGACAGAUAGCUAUAACCAACAGAGAGGUGUUGUCAACCAACUGAAAUUUGAUAUGGAGCAGUUACAGGAAGAAAUCAAGGCCCAUUUGGUGGAACUUGAGUCUGCCAAAAUUGCAUGUGCAAAUGCACAGCUUGAGUGCAAUGCUGCUGAUGAACGAUCUAAGCUACUGGCUUCUGAGGUUAUUGGUUUGGAAGAGAAGGCACUCAGACUAAGAUCUAGUGAGCUAAAGCUGGAGAGGCAAUUGGAGAGCUCACAGACUGAGAUAACUUCUUACAAAAAGAAAAUGUCCAGCCUGGAGAAGGAUCGUCAGGAUCUGCAGUCAACAAUUGAUGCUCUCAAAGAAGAGAAGAAACUAUUGCAAUCCAAGCUUCAUAAAGCUUCUGUAACCGAAAAGUCUGCUUGUGUUAGCAGGAGUGCAGAGAAAAAAAAUGUAGCAACAUCCAUGGAAGAUUUAGGUGAUAUCCCAGAGACUUCCGGCCAGGAAACCCAUGAUGCUGCAUCAUUUCCUGGAAGUGAUGCCUCUGAUUUUCUCAACCUACCUGACAGUGGUCAGUUGAAUCUUGAAGCUUCAUCUGUGUAUAUUCCACCAGAUCAAAUGAGAAUGAUUCAAAACAUUAACACAAUAAUAUCCGAGCUUGCAUUGGAAAAAGAAGAGUUGAUGCAAGCUUUGACAUCCGAGUCAUCUCAGUGCUCCAAGCUAAAGGAUUUGAACGAUGAAUUGGCGCGUAAACUUGAGAUUCAAACUCAAAGAUUAGAGCUUUUGACUGCUCAAAGUAUGGCAAGUGAAAAUAUCCCAGCAAGGUUACCAGAUUCACAUACUGUGCAAGACAGCACUGCAUAUGCAGAUGAAGGUGAUGAGGUGGUGGAAAGGGUUUUAGGGUGGAUUAUGAAGCUCUUCCCUGGAGGACCAUCCAGACGAAGAACAAGCAAGCUGCUUUGAUACAUGACAGACACCCAGUGCGUGCGUUUCUAUUGCUGCUGCUCUGCUCCCCCUUAUUUUGGCAACUCAACGGAGGUCGUAAUCUGUAUAUUUUUGAGUCAGUUAUACUACCAUCCAUUCUUUUGUAACGCAUGAAAAAUGUGAUUUUGGGCGAUUCCCAUUGAUUGGGAAAUCCAGUUUUCAUUCUUUGGCAUAUGACAGUAAGGGAGACCUCUGGCUGUAAUUUUGUGCAGUGAGAAACUUUAGCAGGGAUAUCUUUUAUACAUGGAAAGUUAGAAUUGAGUAA